CCACUCUGUUGCUGAAGUGACUUAUCUCCAAAGCCCAUGCGUCGAUAUCGAUAUCGAUAUCGUCAUGGGUGCCAACUAUUCACGUGGCGCCGACCAGGGUGCGCGUAGCAGGAUUUGGGACCCAGGGAUGAUGCAAGCAGGCCAGGCAUCGCUUCCCCAUCAAAAUCCAACUCAGAUGCCUUCUGUGGUUACUGAACACCGAACCUGAACGUUUGCAGUCCGUAGAAGACCGAUUAAUCCCGAUGUUUCCAGCCACGCUGUGGCGCUGGGCAAGCGUUAACUUGCACCCCACGGCGGUGCCCCUCACUGGCUCGUCUUCCGUCAUCGAUUCGAUCGUCCACACAAACGACUUCAACAGCGGCAGCGACGAAGCAUCGCAGAUUAUCAUCAUGGCGCCUGUCCAACUUGAACCAGAGACCAGGUAUGGCCUCGUUGUCGCCGUGGCUAGCCACCUCUUGGUGGCGGGCUACCUGAUGGUCCAGGCCGGCCGGAGUCUCCACUGGGCCUAUCGUGGCCUCGGCCCGUCCCAAGAUACUCGAGGGCGGAUUUCUCGGAGAAAGACGCUGUUGCCCAUCUUUGCCGGCCUGGCAUUGUUCAGCUUGAUACGGGCAGUUUAUGGUUCCGCAUCGUAUGCUGUCUUGUCUUACAAGGUCUGGGCUAGCGAUUCUGGUGUUGAGUUACCCGCUCGGUUCUAUGGGGACAAAGGUAUUUUCCCCUUCGGAGAAAAUGCGACCCGUGUUCAUAUUCUGCAAUGGUUAAGUGAUACACCUAUUUAUCUGGAUGCCUUUGAGAUCAUCGCAGAGAAAGCUCGGAGAUUCUGGUGGGGACAACAGCUUGACUUGGGCUUGGUAUCAUGGAGCAUGCUUCUCGCCAUCGAAGGACGGCGUCGGAACAUCCCACUCCUCUGGUGCUACCAGUUGCUCGGGCAGUUGGUAUCCCUCGCCUUUGCCCAGAACGUAUUUUUCGUGGCAAUGUUGCUCACACCGUCACCACUCCCGGUUGAAGUCAAUGGUUCCUUGCCUCUCUCACGAUACGUUCGUAUGAGGAACAAACUAUUUCCUCCGAAACCUGCCGGCUGGACACCACAUGUGCUAGUGUUUUCUACCAUCCUGGCCCUAAACUUCGUGGCCAUACUGUCGAUGCCGUUUCAGGUCAACACAGAUCUCUUCAGAUAUUCGGCCAUUGCGACUCGGUCUCUCAGCCUUGCUCCUCUAGCUGUAUAUCACAUCUUGCCCACAAGCUGGGGAAAGACGUAUGAGGAUCCUCACGGUGCGUACGGCACUUAUGAGCACCUGUUCCGGGCCAUUUCUCUGGCCAGCUUCGGGCUGCAUGCCCGGGCGUCGGUGGUUGGAUUGGCUUACAACGCCCCCGACGCUUACUACCACCGCCACAGCGUUCAUCUACCUUUUGAUGUAGAGCAACGAUCCGCUUGGGAGCGGACGACAUCCGCGUUCGGGAGGGUCCUUGGAGCUAUAGCUGAUCAUCCUGUCGUCGGGGCCGCCGGUUGGGAUGUAAUUCUCUCGAGCGUCAGCAUCGGCUUCUGGGUAGCAACUCGGGCGACCGAUGUGUCAGCCAUUCUGGCAUCAACAAUACCUGCCUAUCAAGGCCAAGAGCGAAUCAAGGAAGAAACAAAUCCGGAGCCAAAUAGGGUGACACGUGGACAAGCCAAGGCAUCGAUGGCUGGCGGCGUCGGAGCACCCUCGGCAGACGGAGAAGGGGCUCCCCUGAGGCGUCGGGGCAGAUCGCGAAAGAUCAAGCACGAAGAUCCGAGCGGGAGCGCCUACGAACCAUCGCCGAGUGAAGUGGCUGCCACUGAUGAAAGCGAUGUGCCCCCAGGCGAUGGACUAAACUGGGAAUCGGCGGCUGUGGUCUGGGGCUUGACUGCGCUAGGGGGGCUGGGCGUCGGCAGUGCCGGGGCGUUUGGAGGCGAGUGCAUUGCACGAUAGGCGCUACAGUGGGCAUAAUUAUUAUUAAUUAGGGGAUGACAUCCUGUGGAAGGAAGCCCGGGGCUGUACCACGUUCCUACGGACUUCACACCGCACGGCAAGGG